AUGAAAAUUUUAACAUCUAUUUUCCUUAUAUUUGCUAUUCUAUCUUUAGUUUCAGCAGAAUUAACUGACAAAGAUUUUGCUAAAGUUUAAUCUUGCUAAGCCUAAUAAGGACCUUAAACUGAAUGCUCAACAAAAGCUUGUAGUGAUUAAGCAGAAGCAUCACGUAAGUGCUAUUAAGCUUAAUGCCCUACCUAAAAUAAUCUGUCUGAUUUUGUUAGUUGCCUUAAAAAAUGUAAUCCUUAUCCCACUGAUCCUGCUGAUUAAAAAAAAUAUGAUGAUUUUAUGAACUGUCUUAAUAGCUCUGUAAUUAUUUUUGCAAUUUCAUUACUUACCUUAAAUAUUUUAUUUUGA